CUCGCACGGGAGUUUGCAUUGAUCCAUUGAUUGCACAUGGUCUCUUGCCUGACCUCCUUGCUCCCAGGGAAGCUGUCUCCAUGGCUACUGGCCCUACUCCCCCAGUGGCAGACUGUAAAUUCCUGCAGGCAGAGCAGAGCACAGCCGGGGAGGGUGGGAGGGAGUGAAGGAGCAGCCGAAGCCAAAUAGAAAGAAAGAAAGGAAAAAAGGGCGUUGCUUUGAUGGACCUUUCACAGGUCCCCAACACUAGACCAAGGCACUCCCCCCUCCUCAAUAUAUUGCUCUCUGACAAAACCGGAGCUGGCUGCGAUUCUUUUUGUAAGAAGGAUCAACGGAAGCAGCUGAGGGGAGGGUGAUCAAGUCCACCUAAAGAUUGCGCGGUUCUCUUUUCCUAUUUAGUAAUAGCAGGAAACGCAGACUGAAUCUUGAGCCCUUUUGGCCAUCCUUUCCCCAGUAAUCUUUCUCCAGCGCCGCUUUUAUACACCGCCAGAAAAUAGACUUUUGGUGGUGUUAAAGUUUGCAUGCCUUGGUGUCUCGUUUUAAAGCAUCAGAAAAGCCCUUCUGCACACAUGCCGAUUGCGAUGGGGGCCCUGGAGAUUACUGGAUUGUGUAUGCUUUUCUUUUUCCUCUACUCCGGCAACACUAUGGCUAAAGCUAGUCAAGAUGUUGACGAAUGUGUUGAUGGGACUGACAACUGCCACAUUGAUGCCAUCUGCCAGAACACUCCCAAAUCAUACAAGUGCAUCUGCAAAUCUGGCUAUACCGGGGAUGGGAAACACUGCAAAGACGUUGAUGAAUGCGAGCGAGAUGACAAUGCUGGCUGUGUCCAUGAAUGUGUCAAUAUCCCAGGGAACUAUCGAUGUACCUGCUAUGAUGGCUUCCGCUUGGCACAUGAUGGGCAUAACUGCCUUGAUGUGGAUGAGUGUGCAGAGGGGAAUGGUGGCUGCCAGCAGACAUGUGUCAACAUGAUGGGGAGCUAUGAGUGCCACUGCCGUGAUGGAUUUUUCCUGAGUGAUAACCAGCAUACCUGUAUCCAGCGCCCAGAAGAAGGAAUGAACUGCAUGAACAAGAACCAUGGUUGUGCCCACAUCUGUCGGGAAACCCCCAAAGGUGGCAUUGCCUGUGAAUGCCGACCUGGCUUUGAGCUCACCAAAAACCAACGAGACUGCAAGUUGACCUGCAACUAUGGUAAUGGAGGGUGUCAGCACACUUGUGAUGAUACGGAUCAAGGGCCAAAGUGUGGUUGCCAUAUUAAGUUCGUGCUACAUUCAGAUGGGAAGACAUGCAUAGGGGAGAGGCACCUCCAGCAGCACGUUACCCCCCAGACGUUUUCUAAUGAAACUUGUGCUGUCAACAAUGGAGGUUGUGACAGUAAAUGCCAUGAUGCAGCGACUGGUGUGCACUGUAGCUGCCCAAUGGGAUUCAUGCUCCAACCUGACAGGAAAACAUGUAAAGAUAUUGAUGAAUGUCGGUUGAACAAUGGUGGCUGUGAUCACAUCUGCAGAAACACAGUGGGCAGUUUUGAGUGCAGUUGUAAAAAGGGAUAUAAACUGUUGAUCAAUGAAAGGACCUGUCAAGAUAUUGAUGAAUGCUCCUUUGACAGAACCUGCGACCACAUCUGCAUAAAUACACCAGGGAGCUUCCAGUGCCUGUGUCACAAAGGCUACACAUUAUAUGGGCUCACCCACUGUGGAGAUGUUGAUGAAUGUAGCAUCAACCGAGGAGGCUGCAAAUUUGGCUGUGUAAACACCCCUGGCAGCUAUGAAUGUACCUGCCCUGCUGGUUGCAAACUUCACUGGAAUAAAAAGGAUUGUAUAGAGCUCGUAAUAUGUUUGGCUGGUGCAGUAUCUCCACGGGCCACACUUACUUGCAACAAGAAUGGGAAGAAGGACAGCUGCUCUCUCACCUGUGCCUCCAAGGCUCGUUUUCUGCCAGAGUCAGAUAACAGUUAUACAGUGAGCUGUGGGACGCCAGUUCUGCGACAGGGACCUUCACAGAGGUCCAGUAAUGGCAGCUAUCCCUGUGUUGAGACUGUUGCUGCACCAAUCAAACAAAAGGCUUCCUUCAAGAUCAAGGAUGCUAAAUGCCACCUGCACCCACGGAUGAAAGGCAAGCAGGAUGAGAUAAGCAGGAAUGGUGCCCCAGUAGGUGGACCAACCCCAUGCUCAGAUUGCCAGGUGACUUUUGUGAACCUGAAGUGUGAUUCCUCAAAGAAGGGCAAAGGACGUCGGGCUCGCAACUCUCCCAACAAGGAGGUGACUCGCAUCACGCUGGAGUUUGAAGCUGAAAUCAAACCAGAAGAGAUCACAGCCAGCUGCAAUCUGAAUUGUGUGCGGCAGAAGGUGGAGAAAAAACUGAAGUCAGCGAUCAAAGCCCUGAAGAAAUCCAUAAACCAGGAAAGAUUCCUGAUCCGCUUUUCUGGAAUGGAGUACGAAUUGGCCCGGAAGCUAAGCUUGUCUUCUGAGAGGCAAGAGAGCUGUGGGCCAGGACAGCAGAGACUGGGAUCCAAGUGUGUUAGCUGCCUGCAAGGAACAUAUUACCACGGCCAGAUGGAACAGUGCAUCCCUUGCCCUCCAGGGACCUACCAGGAGAAAGAAGGCCAACUUUCCUGUGACCUUUGCCCUGGAAGUGAUGCUUAUGGGCCAGCUGGAGCAACAAAUAUAAGCAGCUGUGCAGGUCAGUGUCCCCCUGGCCAGUACUCUGUGGAUGGCUUCAAACCCUGCCAGCUAUGUCCACGUGGCACCUACCAACCAGAAAUUGGUCGAGCUUUGUGCUUCCACUGUGGUGGAGGGCUGACCACCAAACAUGAUGGAGCAUUUUCCUUCCAGGAUUGUGACACUAAAGUUCAAUGUUCCCCAGGCCAUUAUUAUAAUACCAGUGUCCAUCGCUGCAUCCGUUGUGCUGUAGGCACCUACCAGCCAGACUUCCGCCAAAACUACUGCAUUACAUGCCCUGGGAAUACCACCACAGACUUCGAUGGCUCAACUUCAGUAUCACAGUGCAAAAAUCGUCAAUGUGGAGGGGAGCUGGGUGAAUAUACUGGUUAUAUUGAGUCUCCCAACUACCCUGGAAAUUACCCUGCAAAUGUGGAGUGCACUUGGAAUAUCAAUCCACCUCCAAAGCGCAAGAUUCUGAUUGUGGUGCCUGAAAUCUUCCUGCCAUCUGAGGAUGAAUGUGGGGAUGUCCUAGUUAUGCGGAAAAACUCCUCUCCCUCCUCCAUUACUACCUAUGAGACAUGCCAGACUUAUGAGAGGCCCAUAGCUUUCACUGCAAGGUCCCGAAAGCUGUGGAUCAACUUCAAAACUAGUGAAGCCAACAGCGCCCGAGGCUUUCAGAUUCCCUAUGUCACCUAUGAUGAGGAUUAUGAGCAGCUGGUGGAGGACAUUGUACGGGAUGGCCGGCUUUAUGCGUCUGAAAACCAUCAGGAAAUACUAAAGGACAAGAAGCUGAUCAAGGCUUUCUUUGAUGUAUUGGCUCACCCACAAAACUAUUUCAAAUACACAGAGAAGCACAAGGAGAUGCUGCCACGUUCCUUCAUUAAACUCCUGCGCUCCAAAGUCUCCAGCUUUCUUAGGCCUUACAAAUAGCCUCAUGGUGCAUUCACCAGCCUUCCAGGCUCCUCCACAACCAAGAAAACUUUCUCUUACACUUAUUCUUACUUUUCAGUGACUUUUGUUACAAAUACAACCCUCCCCCCAUCUCUCACUAUGCAGUUAAUUAUAACCUUGGCUUUUCUUCAAACCUAAUUCAUUGAUGAUGUUGUCUACAGAAGGAGCAGCCAGCAACCAUGAGGAACCGAAUCCCUAUUCCUCUGUAUUUUCCUAGUCUCAGCCUACAGAGAUCACAUAUCCCACUCAGUGAUGCACUCUCCACAAGUGGCCUCUGCUGGGACCUGUAACUCUAGAGCAAUUUCAUCCCUCUCCCAUAUAUGCAAGUCAUGUGCAGCCCCUUGCACUGCAGGGCAACUACCAAGAGGCUAUUUGGGUACAUCUCUGUACACGACUGUCUGCUUGUAGAAAGAAACACCCCUGUUUCCUUAACAUGCCUGCAAUUCUGGAACACCGAUGAAAUGUGGACUUCUAGCAGCUGCUAAAGAAUUGGAUUGGUCCAGCUGCACUCUUUUGUAAAGAACUGAAGCCACACAACAGCCAGGACAUGAAAGGGUAUGCCUUAUUAGACUGCUGUGAUUUUUAAAGGAAAAAAAGUAAAUCAAGCACAUUUUGCAGAGAGGAUCCAAGAAAAAAACAUUAUUAAUUUCUGGGAGAAAGAUUAUAUACAAAAAUAAAAAAUCAUAUCUGAGAAGUGUGAAAGAAAAUGGCCCAUGGUUGGGAUGGCAGUUUUGGUGGCUUAGGAGAACAUCAUUUCUUGAUUGACUUCUUUGCCUUUGAAGAAAGCAUUGGCCUAGCCGCAUUCUUAUAUGUCUGGAAAAAGGGGAGGAGAACAUGGUGAAAAGUGAGACUUUCCAAUGUGACUCCCUCCUGAUGGACACUUGUGUGGAGAGACCAGACUACUUAUAAGCUCUGCCAAAGAGUAAUUCAGUGUGGGGGGAGGGGGGGGGAAACAACAAGCAAGUGGUGUGAAGGGCAGGAGUGAGUGAAUGUUUGUGCACUAGGAUGUUCUCCUUUCUACCUUUUCAUAUUAUUAAGUGCAAUCAUUUUGAGUUGUCUUUAUAUUAUUUAGAGGGAAGGUUUUUUUCUACUAGAAAUUACGAUAUUUAUACUUGUCUGAGAAAAGAGAAUGUGUGUGUGUGCGCAUGUGUUUAUAAAAAUGAAACAAAAGAACACAAGCAAGGAUUGGGAUAAUUAUGACUAAAUGUGACUAAGUUUUCAGCUCUUGGAAUCUUUUGUUUUCCUCGCCACAAUAAAAUCUUGAUGGUUGAGCUCCAUGAUUAUGCUGUGACCACUGAAGCUACACAGGACACAGGUUGAAUAUCCCUAAAUGACUGGAAAUUAUGUUUUGGCUACAAGCAGUGCUUGGGAGCCAAUGCAGAUGAGUCUUCAUGAGACUUCACCAUCUCAGAAUGCAUGUCAGAGAGCACAUGUUAGAAUUGGCUUUUUUUCUGAGGGAAUGUGGCAGAAUGGAGUUCUGGAACCUCUUCAUGGAAACUAAAUUUUCAACAAAUGUUUAAAAGUUCAUGAGGGGCACCCCUGCAUUUCUCCUUCAUUUCCCUCAUAAGAGUUUCGGCACUUCUUUUUCCAGAAAAAAAGCCCUUGCUAGACUCAAUCCCCCAUUUAAACCCUCUCCACAUAUGUCAUUAGUUUUGUUGUGAGGGAGGUAGUAGUCUAAUCUUCCUUCUCUCUAGUAAGUUAGUUUUGCAUAGGCAAGGAUUUUGAUGUGUUGGCAAAUUCAGAUCUAAGAUCCUCCACCAAUGUAAAGGGUCUGACCCAGCCAGCAAGUUCAUUCAAUUCCAUUCUUUAUUACCUUUUCAUUUCCAUGUGUCUUUUAUCAAUGUGAGUCUCAUGAUUCCCAGCAUAGCCCUUUUUGGUAACCUCCCAUUUUUACCAGAGAAAAAAUUGAUAGAAACCUAUCUAGAUGUUUUGGUAGGCCCUGAUUUCAAACAUGAGGGAUGACAGGGUUCAGACCUCCCUGGAAGUUAUGCCCUCUCCUUUGAAAGCUCUUUUCCCUAAGCACAGACCUAUAAUAUUUAGUUCUCAUAGGGGAAGAAAAUGCUCUCUGCACAUAUUCAAAGAGAUGCUUGUAGUCCCAUGUUCCAAGGCUAAGCCCAACAUCAAACACAGGUUUUGGGGUGAGCCUUGGCUGAUAUUAUCCUGACCAGCGAGUCUUCUUUCCCAAUUUAACAUUUCCCUACUUAAGGUUCCUUGCUUCAGUGCAAAUACUAAUGACAGAAUCCUAGUUUACAUCGGUGUAUCUGUUGCCAUUUCUGAGCCAUGGCCUAAAAUUAACAGAACUGUAGUCUAAAGGCCUGCAACUCUGCACUCAGGCCACAUCAUCUUCACAGAAUUUGAUGCUUCCCUGCAUUGAUUCCUAUGGUUUCCUUUUCCCUUCCUUUUGGCUGAUACUGAAUUUGAAUCAGUUCCACUAAAUUCACUGCGAACAUUUCACUAUUGAAGUAUUUACUUUGGCGUUGAUGAAAUGCCUCUGAGAUAAGUAUAAUUGUGGUACUUGAUUACAUUAGAUCUCAUAGCAGCUAAACCAUGAUAUGUGCCCCCAAUUUUAUCAGAUUCAGCUGUUACCUACUAUACACAUUUGUUUAUAUUGGGGGGGGGGGAGAGGAGGUGUUGUUUACUAUAAAUGAAAAUGGAAGAGGUGGACCCAGAAUCUGGGGCUAACUCCAGUGGCAAAAUUUAUGUCCAAUGCAACUUGGACAUUCUACCUGAUCUCCUUCUAGCUAGAUCCCUAGUUUCAAUUUUGUCCUUCUCCAAGUCUAGAAAAUACAAAGGUUUGAAAAGCUGAAAAUUCCAUCUCAACAUAGGAAAUGCAACCAUUUUGAAAACAAAGCUGAAAUAUUUAUACCUGCAUUUAUGCAGUAUGCCACAGUACAGCAUCUUCUGCGAAAUGAUUAAAUGAUGAAAAAGGUGUAGUCCAUAAAGUUAUUUGCACUUGAUAAAAGAAAUUGUAUCUGAACUUGUAAAAAGAAAAAAGUUUGCAUUUCAUAUUGUCUUUUUUAAUUAUUAAAUGGAAUUUCUUGG